AUGAUGUCAUCUGUCGAGAUGAUAUUUAUUGAUUCCCAGAUGAAAUUGCAUAACAUUACUCUCUUUCAGGUCGAAAGCACACUUCGUCGUUUGGUCGGCUCUGAUGAGAGCACCUCUCAACUGGAACUCGUGCUCUCCGCAAUCCGAUACAUUAGAGAGCUGCAGUCUCAACUCGAGAACGACAAGGAGAAUGACGUCCCCGACACCGUUACUUCAAAUAGCAAAACGAUUGAACCGAGUAGCCUUGAACUUGAAUCGACUCGGAUCUUUGGUAAUCCUUCAACCUUUUACGGUACUUAG